UAUCGUUUAUCGUGAUGUAGUUCUUAUACCGUCUGUUAGUUGUGGAAGCAUCUACGCGGUCUGAAGUAUAGUAACUUGGUAAAGUUAAUGUAAAAUGGAAACGGUGGAAAUCGACGAUGAACGAACUAAUUCUCAUUCUAUAAAAUUACCUACUGCAGUCGAAGUGUUUGCAAAUUUGGAAAAUGCUCAGAAAUUUGCGAUUGAUAUCGGCUUAUCUUUGACAAAAAUAGCUUAUUAUUCAACAGUUAAUUACCGUAAAGCUUUGUAUGAGGAUACUGGCUUAGGAAAUAGUGGAGAACGUGCAUACAAAGUACAUGAAGGAAAUAGACUUCAUUUUGUUAAGUUUGAAACAAGAUACAUUGAAAAUUGUUUGGAUUUUGUGAAAGAGAAUUUAGUAAAUGUUGAAAGGUUUCAUGGUAAAAGCAUUAAAGUCACUGGUGGAGGAGCAUACAAAUAUAAUUCUUUACUACAGCAAAAAUUAGGUUUAAUAGUUGACAAAGAAGAUGAAAUUGCAUGUCUGAUAAAAGGUUGUAAUUUUUUAUUGAAAAAUAUACCAUGUGAAGCAUUUGAAUUUGAAAGACAUGGAAAUCCUGAAUACAAAUUUCAAAAGGCUGGUCCUAAUAUAUUUCCAUACCUGUUAGUGAAUAUUGGUAGUGGUGUCAGUAUUCUUAAAGUAGAGUCUGAUAAUGUAUUUGAAAGGAUUGGGGGUACAGCUACAGGAGGGGGAACAUUUUGGGGAUUAGGUUCUUUACUUACAAAAAGAAAGGGCUUUGAUGAAUUACUGCAACUUGCAGAAAGAGGAGAUCAUCGUAAUGUUGAUAUGUUAGUGAAAGAUAUUUAUGGAGGUGAUUAUUCCUCCCAAGGUUUACCUGGAGAACUUAUCGCAUCUUCUUUUGGCAAGGCUACUUCUUCUAGUAAUGAAGGGCAACCACAGUUUUCUGAGGCAGACAUUGCAAAAAGUCUAUUGUUUACUAUAAGUAAUGAUAUUGGACAAAUAGCAAGUUUAUAUGCAACUGUGCAUAAAGUGAAAAAGGUUUACUUUGGUGGUUAUUUUCUACGCAAUCAUCCUAUGUCAAUGCAUACUAUGUCUUAUUCCAUCAAAUAUUGGUCUCAUGAUGAAGUAAAGCCCCUUUUCCUUCGCCAUGAAGGCUAUCUUGGUUCAAUUGGGGCAUUUUUGUAUGGUGCUGAGCAACCUGAUGAAUGUAGUUGGUUAGAAAAUUAUGCAGGCUCUUCAGGAUUUAAAAAUUCAAUAUCUACUGAUCUUGGGAUGAAAGUUGAUCAAUUGGAAAUUGAUCAAGCAGAAAAUGCUAUAACAUUCUGUCCACUUUUAAAAGAUCCUGCAUCUUAUAAUCCUGACACAACUGAUCUUGCUGAAGAUAAAGAGGCUAGAGAUUAUUGGCUUCAAUGUUUUGAGGAAUCAGUGGAUAAAUUUGUUGCUAGAGCUAUUGACAGCCAGCCACAUAGUCCAACUGCAAAAGAUAGAGCAACAAAACUGAAGGAAAAAUAUGUUAACAGACUACAUUAUUUACAUCUUGAACCAUUUGCUUAUGGAACACUCACAGUGAGAAUAUUAUUGGAUACUAUUGAACAUUGUAUGAAGGAAUUCGAUUUUCCUGACCCUUAUUUACAUCAAAAGAAAAAAGAAAACGAAGAAGCUUUCAAGCAUUUGAAUAGUCGCAUAAUGACCAUCGAUAAAUUGGAAGGAGCAGAGAAAAUAAAAACUUUGAUACUAGGAGUUCUGAGUGGUAAUAUGUUCGAUUGGGGUGCGCAAGCUGUUGCAACUUUGAUGGAAACGACAGAUUUUGGUUUUGCCGAAGCACAAGAAAAAAUACCGGGUAGACCUUGGUUAUACGAUAACUUGGACGACUGGAUAGAAAGAUUAGAAACUGGAUUACCGCAUAAGUGUGCUGCUAUUUUUGUCGACAAUAGCGGGGUUGAUAUAGUAUUGGGAAUUUUACCUUUUGCACGGGAUUUAUUGCAGCGGGGAACGAAAGUUAUACUGUGCGCUAAUUCUAUGCCAGCAUUGAAUGAUGUCACGUAUCCAGAAUUGGUUAUAACGUUACGAGAUGCGGCAAAAGUAUGUAAAGUAAUUAAACAUGCAUUGAAAGAGAACCGUUUGAUCGCUAUGGAAACAGCUCAGGCUAGUCCCUGCCUUGAUUUGAGCCGAUUGAACUUAGAUUUAUGUCUUGCAAUGGUGAAGCAUAACGUCGAUCUUAUUGUUCUCGAGGGAAUGGGCAGAACGCUUCAUACGAAUCUUCAUGCUAAGUUAACUUGCGAAUGUUUAAAGUUAGCAGUUAUUAAAAAUCGAUGGUUGGCGCUUCGAUUAGGUGGUGAUAUGUACGCCGUGAUAUGUAAAUAUGAACGGCCACCACUGAAAACGAAAAUUUGUGAUAUAAAGUUAAAAAGGAAGGAUUGUCCAUCAGAGUGUGUGGAAAACGUAACGGAUGUUUGUACAUGCAAUCUUAAAGAAUAGAUAAUGAAAACGUAAGUAACCAUAUAUUGGACUAUGCAUGUCUGAAUGUGGCGAAUUGAAAAUUUUAUCGCAAUU